GGGAUCUACAUCCAUCGCGCUAUGUUUAGCGCACUAGCGCUGACAAGAACACGUACCUUUUUAUUUCUCCCUUCCAGUAAGGUUGGUUGUCCGAUCGUUCGAAGUAGCAGCCGUUACAGCCAGCAGCACCAAUACAGCAGCACCAAACAGCCACCAGCAGCGAGCCAGGUGUGAGAUCACUCCACACAGCGAUACGACUCGCUGACACUGAUGGCUUCUUCUUUUUCCUCGUUUGUGUCUCGUCCACUGCUGUAGCACAAUCCAGCCAGCAGCCAAAUCGGCUUACGCACCAGCUGGCAGUCACGAUGCGAAACAGUUGCACAAAGGAACGACCUUGAACCCGGAUUUAUUUCACUCGACCAGGCAAACAAUGCCAACACUUGUUCACACGUCUUUUGUUUUAUACUCUAUCGGACCGAUCACCAAACACGUCCAGUACUGAUGCGUGUUCGGCACAGAAUGAAUGACAUUAAUUCUUAAAAACAAUUCAAAUUUUAUUUCAUUAAAUAUUGAGCAAAUUGACAUAUUUUCAACUCCUCACACGUUUUAUGAUAAAAAUUUGGUUUAUGUUCCAUAAAAACUCAAAAAAUACAAAGUUCUUUGUGUUUAAACAACACAGAUUUUUUUCACAGAUAUUUUUGUUCCAGAUACAGAUGUUCAGAUUUUUUCAAGGGAAAACACAGAUUUAAAUGUGGCAACCCUGGUCUGCAUUACCAUUCCGCUUUUCGUUUAUGUUUAUGAUCGACCUACAAAACAGUCAAUCAGUCUAAAGUAUUCUUACGUUUGAGGCGUAGCGAGAGAAUUCCGAAAUGAUGCUUAACAUUCGCGUUGUUGUCAAAAAUACGACUUGUGGUUGGAAUAAGUUUUAAAUAUAUAUAUAUAUUUUUAAUAAAUCGCUCGCAACUUUUGUAUCCGUUGUUUUUUCAUAGAGUGAAAGUGGUACAUGCUACAUGGCCGUCGUAUCCAAAUACAAUUACGUUUCAAUACAAAAUUCCAAUUCUUUUGAUCGUCUCGUUUUGUUACAUGGUCUGCACUGCAUUAGUGCACUUCAAUCUAUGAAAUUCAAAAAUCAAAAUAAGUUAUCGGAGUAUAUUGAUUAACAGCAUUUAAAGAAAAAUCACCAUUCGUGCUCGCAACAACGCAAAAAGUAGGCCAACAUGUUAUUCAAACGACAACUUUGACAGAAACAGAUUGGACCUCGAAGAUUCAAUAAUGCAAUACUGAAGGAAUAAUGCCUUUUAUCCGUAAAACGUAGUGAAAAAAACAGAAAAUGGAAUUCAUUUCGUCUAACCUCGAUACCGCAGAUAACGCCAGCCGAAGUCCAAGAAAUAUAAAUCAAAUGGAAAUCUUUUAUAGCCAUUUGUGUGAAGAUGUUAAUUCGUCAUUCGACAGUCAAUACUAUCCCCGGCCAUGCCACUACCUUUCUACUAACGGAGGUUCACCUCGUCCUGGCCCUUCUUUCCAAGUCUCUGCUAUCGGUAGUCGGUGUCACCACUCCAACAGCCUAGAGAAUAGACGUUCAACACCCCAUGGUUCUUCUUUUAUCUGUGGUCCAUCGCACCGUAAUUGUUUUCCCUUUCAUCAUGAUGUUACACGCCGCAAUCAGUCAAGCAGAACAGACCGUGGCCGUGCUGAUCAAGCUUCUGUCGUUAGUGGUCGAUAUCCUCAACCAUGUUAUAGUCAUCGUUCACGUCGCGAUCAGCCCUUUACGUUAAGCAGCAUAGAUGAAAGCCGGGGGCUUCCUGUCCAAGCUUCUGUUGUUAAAAGUUUUCAUUUCAUGCAUAUAGAGUAAUUUUACUUAAAUACUAUGUUAGUGUUUGUUAUACAACAUCAGGUGACAAUUCGUCGUUUCCAAUGUUGUGCGGCCCGCAACCAACUCACAAUCGUCCCACUGGUGUCGACCGCUCUUGUAACUGUUUAAAUUGUCGCGAAUAUAGCAGAUUACGUCGAAAACGUAGCGCCUUGGACGAAAUUGGUUAAUCUUAAUAAAAAAUGUACAGUUUUGCUGAGAUACUACAUUAUUGUUCAUAAUAAUUUUAGAUAGAAAUGUGACAUUGGAAACAAGGCACAGAUAUCGAACAUCUUGCCGUCACCGUUGCUGUUUUCCUAACGAUGCUUCCCUCGUGAGUUUUCCGGAAGGAAAAACAGACAUUUCAUGGGCUCACUCGAACAGUAAUAGUUCCAGGACGCUCUCGUAUUGUCACAAAUGUUCAUUGGAUCACCCCUAUGCCAGCCAAGGAACAUCACAAAAAAUAAUGAAAAAUGCAAGUACAAGUCCAACGUGCCGUUAUUAUCACAUCGCAUGACAUAUCACAUUUCCUUUCUUGAUUGGGUUUAACAUUUUGAAUUUCUAUUUGAUCCCCCACUUCGUUUUUUGCGGUCAUUUCAUAGACCACUUCACUGACACCGCCUGCCUUCA